UGACGACAUAUUACUGCCCCGCGUAGAGCUCCGUCUCGUCUUGAACCUCAGCUACAACAGAAUGUGUCGCUACGUGCUCAAAAUAUGGCCUCAACAGUCUUACAUAGAAUAAACCAGUCCCCGGGCAUCGGCCUGCUGGCCGUGUUCGAGGCUCAAAAGCAAGGGGCGGAGCAUUCACCACCACCCAUCACGGCCCCACCCGAAACGGCCGGAGAGGUCAAGGCCCUCUGCGACUCCUUCACCCUCGCCUCCUUCACGGCCGAGGAUGCCUGGGAGCUCGGCCACCUCCUGUACGCGCGGCUGCUGCCCUUUGCCGCGCAGGGGAGGCCGACCGUCAUCUCCAUCGCGCUCGCCAACAGCGGCCAGGUGGUGUUCCAGGCCGCCGUCGGCGCGGGCACGGCGCCCGACAACGAGACGUGGGUGGCGCGCAAGCGCGCGACGGUGCUGCGCUGGGGCUGCAGCACGUGGCUGCUGCGCUGCAAGUACGGCGCCGACGAGGAGCUGUUCCGGUCCAAGUUCGCGCUCGGCCCGGACCAGGGCGGCUGCUACGCCAUCCACGGCGGCGGCGUGCCGAUCCGGGUCCGCGGCGUCGAGGGCGUCGUGGCCGUCGUGGUCGUGUCCGGGCUGAACCAGCGCGAGGACCACGGCGUGAUUGUCGAGGUCAUCAACAGCAACUGGGCGCCGCAGUGACGACGGAUGGCCUGCUUCUGGCCUUCUUGAGAUGAUCGAUGGGCCUACUGCGACGUGAAGCAUGGUACGUGGAACGAUACCUCCCUUCGCCGCGGGGCAUUGAUGGAGCUGAAACCGCAUAUCUUGUCCUAUAUAAUUAUUUUACAAUCCACCAUAGCCCUCUGCGGAUA